UUUCAGCUUAAAAGUGAAAAAUAUAUGUGCUUUUGGUAGAUCAUUCGGUAGAAUGUUUGUAUUUUUUAAACUUGUAACUGUAAAUGUACUGGAGGAGCAGGGACUGUUCUGGAAAAAACUGCUACUAUCGGGACUUGGAUGCGCACCUGCACAAACACUGAUCCUAAAACUAAUCGUUUGAUGGAGUCUUUUCAAAGGAAAAAUAUGAAGACCACUGGUCAAACAGACUCCUGUGACCCGCGUCUGAACUCGCACAAACUGCCGCUCAAACAGCGUGAGAAACUGGCUCAGAUGAAAGAAGGUGUGCGCCAGUUUUUUUUGUUUUUUUUUUCCUUCUUUUUUUGUCACAGCCUAUGGGUGGAGAGUCUGCACCUGUGUGCGCAAUCGUUGCGUUUCCUCCACUCCAGACAUCGCUUUUGCACCAUCAGGACGCACCGGCAAAGCCCACCUGAGUCAUGGAUGCUGAGGAGAAGCCCAUCGGUGAGCGGGGAGUGCAGCUCCUGGACAUCAGCUCCACGCCUGAGGAGGCUCCUCCGCUGGAGAAGCCGCCCUAUUCGUACGUGGCUCUGAUUGCCAUGGCAAUCAAGGACAGUCGGGACCAGAGAAAAACCCUGGGCGGAAUCUAUCAGUACAUCAUCUCCAAGUUUCCUUAUUAUGAGAAGAACAAGAAAGGAUGGCAGAACAGCAUAAGGCACAACUUAUCUCUGAACGAAUGCUUCGUCAAAGUCCCCCGGGAGAACGGAGGGGACAAGAAGGGCAACUUCUGGAUGCUGGACCCCGCUUGUGAGGACAUGUUUGAGAAGGGAAACUAUCGGCGGCGGAGGAGGGUGAGGAGAACCUACAGACCCCCCAGUGCCCCCUGCACGACAGGGAAUCCGGUGGAGUAUCCGGAGCCUCUAUACCAUUACCUGCAGCCGGCUUAUAUGACUAACUCCUGGAGCCUUUGCGCGCCCGGUUCGUCCCCGCAGACGGCCUACCCGGCGCCGCAGGUGGUCUCUCCUCAACCCCGCAGUCUGUCCCCCAGCGGCCCCUUCUACCCUCCUCAUUUCUUCCAGCACGCCGUGUACGGAGGCCACCACCGCCAUCCCUCUGUGCUGGUUCCACACAACGGAUGGCCUUACGGCGGAGUCACCCAGCCCAUGUGCCCGGAUGGAGGCAGCGCGGCCGUGGCGUGCGGCUACCAGCAGCUCGCGCCCUACGGGAGGCAGACAGAGUCCCCGGCGCUGGGCUUCCAGUCAGACCCGUGACUGACCUGAACAUCUUAAUCCGCCCUUUUCACCAUUUCAGUUCGGAUGUGGCUAUGUCAAGGUUACUGUUUCAGGUUUCACAAAAGUUAAGGUUCUGUUCGGAUAAGGAUCUGCAAGUACUGUCAUCGAUAAAACCGCUUCUUCUUGUUUUAUCGUAAUACAACUGUAUGAGUUGACAGUCAAAAGACAGUGUUUUUGUUACUCCAUUUCUCCUUUGUUUUUACCGAUGUUUACUUUAUUUAUUAAUUUAUUUUUCUUCCUGGCUUUUUUCAUUAAAUUCUGACAACUGAAGCACUGACCAGUUACAACGUUGGAAUGUUUUCUAGAUGUUUAGAUGUCUAGAUGUUUCUAGUUUGAUUUUGAUCGUGGUUGUUCAAAUAAAUUGUUGUUUUGCUAUUGAUUUGCCUGUUUUAUUUUUAUAAUUAUAAGGAGGAUCAAGACUAAGUUUAAACACACUGUGAGACUUUCCUUAUGAACUCUAUUGAA